AUGGAGUACGAAAACCACGAGGAUGACUGGGCGAGGCAGAAUCCAUUUCGGAUCGUCAUGUCAUGGUACUUGAAACGCGCAGGUUCGGUCACCGUACGAAUUUUCAAUGGGAAAGAGUCGGAGUCGAUCCAUUGCUGCUCGGCUAGACUGAUAACCGCGGUGUGUCAAGAAACCGAUACUGCAGUCCUCGUGAGACGCUAUUCAAUUCCGGUAGAAAAUGGGGAUCAAGAAAGGAACAACAGUGGCCUGGACUCAUCAACUUACGCUUGGUCAUGGCCAAGUGGGAACAAAAUUGCCAAUGAAAAUAAUCCUCGCGACGUUACAACGAUCCUCUUGGUACCGGAUGCAAAAACCUUCAACACCUUUCUAGACAAUGCAGGACCAUGGCAGAGGAACGCGUUUGAAUUGACGCUGAUAAUCAUCGUUUCGGAUCCAGACCUGAGUUGCGAAGGAACGUCGGAGAAGAAGGACUGGAAAACAACGCUGAAGAUGAUGCUGCAAAGAAUAUGGACUGAGAAUAAAGUGACAAACGUCUUCUUGACUGCACCGACCUCGGCAUGCAUUAAGGACUAUGUUUUCGCCUGGGAUCCGUUCGCUCUGGGGACCAACAAAACCCUCGGCAGGCUGAAAAGGGUGAAGGUGAACAUGGACGACCCCCAAGUCUACGAAGCGUUGUCUGAGUUUGUUAACACAGCGAAGAACAUGAAUAUGUAUCCCUUGAAGGUGACCAUAUUCCAACGCACGCCUACGGUUCUCCUAACGCCCGAGUUGGACCGCACCGGGGAAAUCCAUGGCCGAUCAGACUUAGACCGAGCCACGGGCUUGGAUAUUAUGGUUUUGAAGACUCUGUCAUUAUGGAUGAACUUCAGCGUCGACGUUUACCCACCGAGCAACGGCGCCGAGUAUGGAUACCAAAUUGGUAAUGGCACUUGGGUCGGCAUGAUUGGCGACGUUGCUUACGGCAGGAUAGACUUUGCCGCGAAUGGGGCAUUCUUGAAGGACUAUGGUGCGAACAAUUUGAUAGAGUUCACAAGUCCAACGAACUGCGAAAGCAUGUGUAUCGUGGUCCCGCGGUCAAAAAUGAUACCCCAGUGGCUGCAAAUCUUUCAAUGUUUCUCGCCCCUCGUGUGGAUCUUGCUGUUUUGCAACGUUUUAGUAUGCGGCAUGAUCAGGUACUGCCUGCACUCUACGCUUCAGGAUGAGAAACGCAGGCCCAGUGGUCUGAUGGAAAUUCUCAUUAUCACUGCAAUGAUAUUUGCCAAUUCUCCAGAAAAAAUGCCCGUCAGUAACUCAGAGCGAAUAUUCGUGGGAGUCUGUCUUCUCUUCAGCAUCAUCAUUGUCGGUACUUUCCAGGGAUCGCUUUACCAGGAAUUCACCAAUCCUAGGUACUACAGAAACUUGAAUACACUAGCGGAGCUCGACCAGUCGGGUCUGCUUAUCGGCACAACGUCUCCAAACUUGGGGGACAUUUUUGGCGAGGAUGACAACUCGCCGACGUUGACACACCUGCGUCAGAAGAUUAAAAUAUUUGCGAAGUCCAAAGUCAGGACCAUCGACAAAGCCGCCUCGGGCAGAAACAUCGCUGCGAUCGAGCGAAGGAACGACUUAAUGCUCAGUACCAAAACCAAGUUUCUCGAUGAACACGGUGAACCGAUUCUCCACGUAGUCAACGAGUGCCCGAGGACUUAUCAUCUCGCCUACAUGGUGCAGCGAGAUGCCUUCUUUCUAAAACGGAUGAACGUCCUUCUUCGCAGGAUGUUUGAUUCUGGCUUAACGACCUACUGGUACAAUUCCACCGUGGAUUCGUUGAUCAUGAAGCACCAUUACGCCAUGGCAAAACGGAUUGAAACUAGAAGCAAGUUGCUGGCUUUCAAGUUCGAGAACUUGCAGAUCUCCUUCAUUACCUUAGGUUGCGGACUACUUCUUUCAACUAUCGUUUUUAUCGGAGAAAGAAUCAAAUUUUUCUACAACAACACUGUAAAAAGAAACGCAGUGAGGAGGAAACACUUUUCAGUGGAACUACAUAGUCGGUCAAAGACCCCACACUUAUGCAACGCCUAA